AUGGGCCUCGUCGACUAUUCAGACUCCGAAACUUCGGAUGUCGAAGAGACUCCCGUAUCAAAGACCGCUUCAACCUCAUCUAAGCCGGCAUUUCAAAAAGUGGUGGACCGCUCGAAUCCAGGUAAAAUCCGCGUCUCGUUGCCACAAGCCGCGCUUAGAGACGACAAGAAGACCGACGAGCCUCCCCUCAAACGCGCAACAACUGGAAGUGGCGUAUUUAGCGGGUUCAACUCGUUCCUCCCUGCACCCAAACGAGCAGGGCAGACGACCGCAACACUGGGUGAAGGCAAUGUGGCGAAGAAAGGGCUUGGUUCCGGUGUCCGUUUGAAGACCGGAGCUGCACCGGGAUUUAGUAGAGAGUCAGAAACAGAACCAGAACCAGAACCAGAGAGGGAAUAUGUGGAGGAGCAUGCUGAAGAGUCUACAAGUGGUGGUUCCGGGAUGAGUCUUCCGCAGCCCAAAACAAUACAGGAUGGAGAGCAGAAGCCUUCAGAUGAGGUCAAAUUGGUGGGCAAGCCAUUGAUGUUUAGGCCGUUAUCAGUCUCGAGGAAGCCUACGAAGAAGAAGAAGCUGUUACCCACGACAAUUUCUCAGUCCCCCGCGCCCGCGCCACCAGUCACUCCACAAUCGAAGGACGAGCAGCCUGCUAAAAGACAGAAAAUAUCAUUAUUCUCGAUGUCAGGGCCAGAAGUUGAAGUGUCUACGCCGGCUUUCAGAGGAGAAUACAAACCUAUGAUGCUCGAGGUGGAAGAAGCAGGUGACGAUGAGCACGACUCCUUCAGCCUUGAGCCAUCUUACGAAGACUACACGCCCAAUUCCUCCCAAAAAUUUGCACCCCCUGCGGUCCCCACGCCACCAGUCUCCCAAUCUCUUGACGAUAUAGCUGGCGAUCUGAAUCUGUCAGCCGCCGAGCGCAGACAAUUAUUCGGAAGGCAGAAAGGAGGACGAGGGGCACAGUCAGCUACCAAAGUCAUUAAUUUCAAUACUGACCAGGAAUAUUUGCAUAAUGAAGAGCUAAGGGCUGCUGGCGAACAAGUUACGCAUAACCCUGUUAGGGCGAUUGCGCCUGGUAAGCAUAGCUUGAAGCAGCUUGUCAAUGCUGCACAGAGCCAGAAGGAGGCUCUGGAGGAGAGCUUUGCGGCAGGGAAGAGUAAUAGAGCUGAGGCGAGCAGUCGCUACGGAUGGUAG